CAUAAAACGCAGGACAUGCCAAUACUUCCCCAAACAGCCUCAAAAAGGCAGACAACGACCAGAGGCGCAGAGUGAGAGAGAGAGAGAGCGGCGGCGGAUUUCCAGCACACUCCGUGGACCCAAAACAUGCAGACUAAUAUGAAGCUUUGGCUGGGGGUCUCCACGUUUGCGUUCUGCAUGCUCAUCUGCAUAGGGACUUUCGCCGACGCCUACCCCUCCAGACCUGACAAUCCCGGGGAAGGGGCGCCUGCAGAGGAUUUGGCCAAGUAUUAUUCGGCUCUGAGGCACUACAUCAACCUCAUAACUAGGCAAAGGUAUGGGAAGAGAUCCAGCCCUGAAGCACUGGUGAGGACAGAUUUGAUGCUGAGAGAAAAUGCUGAAAGUUUUCCUAAAUACCGGUAUGACGAACCUUCCAUGUGGUGAUGAAGGUGCACACUUUCUGUAAUGUGAACAGACAUUCCAGUGAACACAUCAUCGCUCUGAAAAUGAAACAUUCCCACUGUCCCUAAAGAAGCCAGUGCAUGUCGCGUUCAUCUGAUCUGUACAACUUUCUUUCCCUGCAUCAUAAACUGUAUAUAAAGUUUACUUAAAUAAACUACAUGUACAUUAAAUAUGUAAUGCAUUACAAAGCUGAAAAAGAAAUUAUUCUUUGUAUGGU